AUGUAUUUGUUUCCAGACAUGAACACUCUAGACAGCGGAUCUGUAACGUUUACUUUGGAGAGAAAACCCGAACAUCAUGAGGAAAAGCCUGUCUUUGUAGUAGAAAAGGAAGGCCGAGAUCGUUGGAGCAGAAAAAUUGAGUUUUUGUUCGCGUGCAUUGGUUUCUGCGUAGGAUAUGGAAACAUGUGGAGAUUUCCAUACAUGUGCUUUAAAAAUGGAGGCGGUAAGUAUUGAUAGGUUUAUUCACAAAAAACACAGCACAUGAUAAAUUUCUGAGUGGGGAAGAGAUCGGAAUCGAAGCCGAGUAUACUUUUGAGCUCUGGCCACCAGCGGACGCUUUUUAACCGACGAGCUUCUAGGUGGGGAAGGGAAUCGAAAGAAAGGAAUCGAAGCCGAGUAUGCGAUUAGGCUCCGCUCAAAAUGAACGCUUUCUAACAUUCGAAGCAUUGAAAACGUAGAAAACAUUUAAAAGGCUGGCAGGAAUAAGUCAUUAAACAAAAUGAUUGAAACUAUGAGACAGCGCAACAAAAGGAAACUCCCUUCAUAUUUUUCACCGGCUUGCUAAACAGCUUAGAAAAGCUUAAGAAAACUCUCAACAGAAUUUGCAAACUAGGCGCAGUUUACCGUCCAGUUGUACUAUGUCAUGAAUAGAGAACUAACUUAAGUAUUUUUCCUCAGUACUGGUGUCAGUGAUGAUCUGUUUUUCGUUUCUGCAGGGGCAUUUUUGAUUCCUUACCUACUCUUUCUGGCCUUUGGAGGGGUACCGAUUUUUUUCCUUGAACAAUGUGUGGGACAAUUUACUCAGUCAGAACCAGUGCACGCCUGGAACAAGCUUUGUCCGUUGCUCAGAGGUAAUUUGUACCCCUCUUGCCUUAAAUCGCCAUCAUCUCGAUUAAAGUGGCUGACGAUAUUUACUAUUUUGGAGACCUACAUACUCUGGCGGAUCCAGGAAAGGGGCCCGGGGGCCCAGGCCUCCCCCUUAUUUUUAGACCAAACUGAGGCCCGAAAGGGCGAAAACACUUUUUUAGAGACCGCCCCCAACCCUUAUCUGAAGGUCUGGGUCCGCUACUGGCAUGUACUAAAACCUGAAUGAGUCUUACUCUUAAUAAGUGCAUUCCUUUUUUCCUUAGGAAUCGGUUUUGCAAGCAUCGCCGUCUCAUUCCUGGUAUCAGUCUACUAUAACGUUAUCAUGGCGUGGUCUCUGUUUUACUUCUAUCAGGCUUUCAAGAAGGAUAUUCCAUGGGUGGGAUGUCAUCACCCGUGGAACACACCAGACUGCUAUGUCUACAACGCUUCAAAUCCUAAUGCAUCCGGGUCUUCCCCUAGUCGGGAAUUCCUCGUGUAAGUUGUUUUAGACUGUGUAGCUUACUUUCAGUGGGCCACUUCACAGAUGCGUGCUGUGUAUCCUGGCCUUUGAGUGAAAGUGAGGCAGGAGAUUCCUUGUUUUCUCUGUUUGCCAUUUCGAUUUAUUAUUAUGUUAAUGCGAUGAGAAAAAAAAUGCGGUAAGUGAUGUUUCUACUUGUUAUGAGCAGUGUUUCAAUCAGAGACUUUUUACUGGGGCCGUAAAAAUUAAGGAUCAAGAUCAUGCGUGUCAUAGAGGCUGGCGAAAUAUCGUCACGGAGCACAAAACGACAUAACAUGCAUGCAGGACGGUAUAGUCAUUAACGUUUUUUUGUAGAGGUGGUUUUAAAGAGUCUGCGUAAUAUGGGAGGUAAAGAUCGCUGGUCCACAAAGCGAGAUUGAAGCUGGACCAACAAGCAGUCGUAAACUAAAUGUGGAAGUUCAGAUCAUACUUUACGUGACUGGUAAUAGAAGACCACGUAAAUGGAUGUCCCGUCUCCGACAUGCUCAAAUGCUCUUCCUAAUCUUUUAGGGGGACGUUCUAUGUCAUUAUCAGAGUUGUUUAUUUUAUCAACAGAAAGGAAACGCUGAAGAUUUCCAGCGGGAUUGAUGAACCAGGCUCUCUCAAUGUACCUAUUACAAUCAGCGUGUUAGUGGCCUGGAUACUAGUUUAUUUCUGUAUAUGGAAAGGCGUGCGAACCACUGGAAAGGUGAUCACAUGAAGAAUAACUAGGUUUGGCUGGCUAUUAGCUAUAGUUGCUUCUCCCACCCCUGAGUUUACUUGUUUAGAAUACCAUUCAUUUCAUACAGGGGUAAAAUUUAUACACGCGUACUAAUACAUGCAUGCUUCGAAGACCACUGAUUCCACCAAAGGAAUGCACAGAAAUAUCCUGACUAGAAUCUGAUACAUUUCUCGCCGAGAAACUCACACGGCAACAAGCAAUUUGUCUCUAUAAUUUAUCCCUAUGAUUGAUUAAUUGAACUGAGUGCGCAUGUUGCAAUACCCUCUUUGAAAAAUGCUGUAGAAUUCGCUUUUAGCCCCGGUGCAACCCUAUGGGAUGUAAAUGACUCCACGGGGACACCAUCUUGCAUCAAAACACCUCAUUAAAAAAACCUGAGGUUAUUUUGGUAUUAUUUGCAGGUUGUGUACGUAACAGCCACAGCGCCUUACGUUAUCUUGGUGAUCUUGUUUUUCCGAGGGGUCACCCUACCUGGGGCUAAAGAUGGACUGGUAUUCUACCUUGUUCCCUCUUGGGAGAGACUUGCCGACCCAAAGGUACAGUAUUGACUAGUGUUAUUUGCCAUUUAAGAAAAGAGAAGGGAAUUGGGGCCGAAAUGCGUCCCACAAUUGAUUCUGGGUUCGUUACUGGAGACGCGCCGGUGCGCUAUUGGCCAAAUUUUUUCCUUGUCCCUCGUAACAAUCCCAAAAGUCCUUGCGAAACUUAACUCGGCUCAGUUUCCUUCUGGAUUCUAAGGUGACGGGUGGUUGUUAGAGGUAUCUUUAGCUGGUGAGAUCCUAAAUCUCGGUAGUAUCUCUUUUAAUCUGUUUUUCUCGUGGUACGAUUGAUUUCUGAACUGGUCAUGGUAAAAUACACUUUCAACUUGAAAAUGGAUGCGUUGUUUUAAUAUGUUCACAAGUACUAAAACACUUUCUAACAUAUUGUUCCAGGUUGAAAAAAAUAUUUGUCCAAAGUCAUAAUUGAAUAACAACAUUUCACCUGUCUUGUCUAUUCAUUUCGUUGAGGCCCAACCUCGUGCCCAGGGCUUUUCCUUUAGAAAAUGGGACUGAUGGGCGGGAAAGGCCCUGGGGACCAGGAACGUAAGGGAGAGUUUAUGGGAUCGUCUGGGCUGGGAGCACGGACUUUAUGCGACCAAGUUGAAUAAUGCCAAAACCACAUGCAAGUUGCUCUGUGCCUUUCAGAACAGAAAAUUAGCACGUUCCCUGUAGCUAAGGAAUCCCAUAAGCGCUCGCGGUCACUCUCGAUCCCAGGCUACCCAACGGAUUUUAGGGUACAUAGUAUACAGUACAAAGUGACUAUUGAUGUAUAUAGUCCGGCCAGUAGCUAAUGAAUCAGUUGUUUUGUUUUGGAAGGUGUGGAUUGAUGCAGCGGCCCAGGUUCUGUACUCCUUAGCAAUGGGAAUGGGUGUCAACCUGACAUUCGCCAGCUAUAAUAACAAGAACAAUAAUAUUCUGAAGUAAGAGCAGCCUUAGCAGUCUUUACGCGCCCUUUCAAAAAGCUGUCAAAAAAGUAUUGACAUUUUUUUAAUCGCUAUUCUCUAUUUUAUCCAGGGACUCCCUCAUAAUUUCCAUCACAAACUGUGCCACCAGUGUGUUCGCUGGCUUUGCAAUAUUUUCUAUUUUGGGGUUUAUUGCUGGACAGCAAGGAAAGAGCGUAGCUGAUGUAGCAUCACAAGGUACUAGCUGCUCUUGUUUAACUUCGUUAAUAUCCGGAAAUCUCUGAAGGCUUUGGAUCUUGUUCGAAUGUCUUAUGGUUAUGAGCUUUAUGAAGAAAAUAUGCUUUGGCUCUCUAUUUUUCAAGAAGCCUCUCUAUGUACGUUGAAAUGUGACUCCAGUAUACACAACUUCGUUGUUAUAAACUAUUCUGGCAUUUUGUCUUAUCCUAUUAGUACUAAGAAACCACAUGAUGUUUUUUGGGACUUCGUAAUUACUCGGAAAUCUUACAUAUUUGAAAAGCAUUUCGUAAGACUGCUUAAACCUUUGAAAGUCUCCAAGCAGCUGAGGGGAGACAUCCUCCCAAAAUUCUUCGAAAAAGACUAGUUGUAUAAUAGUUUACUCCUAUUGACAACAGAGUAUGUUUCAUGUGAAAGAUGUUUAGCUUAUUCCUUUUUCUUACGUAUUUAACUUAAAAUGCUGAUUUUCUUAUCGAUGCAGAGCCGAGCCCUAUUCUUACAAACGCUUGACCAACUGAUAAUUUUGUGAUUCUAGUGAUCGCUUAGUGCUGUAUCGGAAGUAAUUCCCUACCCAUCCUGCCUGAACUUGGGACUUCCAAGAGGGUGGUGUUAGGCAUUUAUAUAAAAAAAUAAAACCUUUUGGUAGUAUUUUUUUCUUACAAGGAUUCCAAACAGAUUUGCCAAUUCUGCAAUUGAUUUUACCGAAGCGACGCAGACUCGUUCUAGUCGUCUUAACAAGUGCUGCACCCUCGACAUUAAUGAACCGCUCCUGUGCCGCGCCGGGCUGUGAAGACAACUGGGAAUGAGUCUACACGUGAAACCGAAUGAGCUGGAAGCUUGUUAAAAAUCCUUACGUGAUUACGUCAUUGUUGGUUUUUUGAAGGUCCCGGAUUAGCGUUUAUAGCCUACCCAGCAGCUUUAGCGGAGCUGCCAGUCCCUCAAGCCUGGGCUGUGCUGUUUUUCUUCAUGCUGAUUAUGUUGGGUUUAGACAGUCAGGUAAAUAAUAUAACUAAUACAGUGGUAAGAUUUUAAGGGAAUUAUGUUUGGCAGAGGAUGAAGUAAGUGAGCGACCAAAAUAGGCCACUUCCGAGUUCCAAAAACCCUCACUUUCAAAAUGAGGCUAGGUGCACAACCGUUUCUUGUGAAAAUGAGUUUUAUUUGCAUGAGAAUGAAAAAUGAUUUCUAUAUCAAAGGCUGAGCACCUACCCUCGUUUUGAAACAGAGGCCCGGGGAAACUCGGAAAUGGCCUAUUGGAUUUUAUCUGAGUUGUUACGACUCCUGGGUGUAUCUUAAUCCCCAGGGAAAAGCUAACAGUGUUUUUUGAUCACUCUCUUCUUAAAUGAACCGGAAAGGUCUGUUGCUCAAGGCUAAGCAUUUUCGACCGCUCGAAUUUCAUGGAUUAACAAAAUUUCUUAAUUAUAAAUUCCUCACUAACGGUCACUUUUGUUGCUGUGUCUUUUUUCAAAUCAUGUCAUGCAUUUUUUUUAAAAAUAGUUAAUCAAGUUCUGUAUUUUUGUAUUUUAUUUUCAGUUUGGUCAGGUGGAAAUAGUUGCUGCAUGUAUAAUCGAGCAUUACCCUCGAAAGUUGAGUCGCUAUCGGGAGCUUGUUGUACUUGUUAUAUGUGUGAUACUCUUCCUGCUUGGUCUUUCCUGUGUGACUGAAGUGAGUUAUUGGAAAUGGUGCUUUAAAGUUACAGAGAAUCGAUCUGUAUCGCUAUUAUUGUGUUAAGCAUCUUUGUCAUUUUCCCAAACGUUUCGUUAUGUUCACUGUCGUAGCUCUCAUGUUUUUUUCUUCUCAUCAUCAUCGUCAUAAUCACAGCGUCAUCAUUGUAAUUUGUGUUUUUCACGGUUUUCAACGUCAUCAUUAUCAUCAUUAUCAGUAUCAUCAUCAUCAUCAUCAUCAUCAUCAGCGUCAUCGUCGUCGUCGUCGUCGUCAUCAUCAUCAUUGACAUCAUCUCCCAUAGUACCAUCCUACAUUUAUUAAAAUUAAUUGGUACGUGCUCUGCGAUGUGUCGAUUUAAUAAGUAAGCCGCUUUCUUCUGUACAACACGCUUAGAACUGGAAUACUAGGCCCGUUUUAAGUUGGCAAAGUCGCUGUUUCUUUAAGUUAUGCCUGAAAAAUGUGUGCUUGACAGCAUAAAUUUCUUUUUCUAUUUCACAGGGUGGUAUAUACGUGUUUAACCUAUUUGACUCGUUCUCAGCUGGUUUAUCACUUCUGUUCAUUGUAUUUUUGGAGCUGAUUGUCGUUGCAUGGAUUUACGGUAAGUUGACUUUGUUUGGAUUCAUACUUUCAGAUGAGUGGAAAAAUGAACUCAUGUGAAUUCCCCUAGGAGCCGAAAGAUUUGCACGUGACGUGGAAGACAUGAUCGGGCAUCCAAUCUCCAAGUGGUGGUUGAUCUGCUGGAAAUAUGUUUCGCCACUUAUGGUUCUAGUAAGUACACAAAUCUAAAACGUUAAAAAUAAUUAUCAUGCAUUUUGCCUGAAUAGUGAUUCACUUUAACUGCCUUUAACCUGCAGCUUGGUAGUCUGUACUUGUAGGCGGGGGAGGGGGAGGGGAGGGGGAGGGGUGUCUUUGAGCAGAGAAGAUUGGUAAACAUGCGUACUGCUGCGAGACCUGCGAUAUUCUGUAACAUUCUGAUUUGGUUUUGUGUGGCAUUAUUCACUACCACUUCUCUACUCUUUCAGUUCUUGCUGAAGUUGCUGAAACUACUGGGUACUUUGACUUUUUUGUCUUCCGAAUAUCUAUUUCGAUUUUUUCAGAAUAAACAAAUUGAAUGCUGGGUACCAUAAACACUUACGCUCAAUAUAAAGCCAAUCAGGUUAGGUUCCGUCCGAGAUAAACUUCUAGGCGAACUUAAGAGCAACUUGCUAUUAGGUUUUCGCGUACUUUUUCUACGCUCUCCCGAAAAAAAGAACCCCUGAUCGCAGGCAGAUUAUUCAGACGUCGGAUAUAACGCUGCCGAAUUUAACUCCAUUUUUUGUAAAUAUUCCCAGUCUCUAAAACAACUUGUUAUCUAAUAUGGAUACAAAAUGUAAAAGUUUCCAUAAUUAGUGCAUUAUUUUUGGCACAUGUGAAGUGCGACGUCUGGAUGAAAUGUGUAACCAAAGUCGAAUCUUCGACUGUUUCGGUGGCAGAUUCGGCAAAGUUGUAUUUAAUUUGAAACUGGCGAAUUUAAUUGAUUCAGAAGUCACAUCUCACGUGCUGUUAAUUCUCGAAUUACACUCGGCACAUGUGAAAUUGGACGUUUGAACUGGACCUAACGUUGGCUUAUUCUAUAUUUAGGGUAUACUGCUGUUCAGCUUAAUCAAGUCUUCUAGAAUCAAGUAUGAGGACUACGUCUAUCCCGCCUGGGGGGAGGCCGUAGGGUGGAUCAUUGCUGCAACGUCCAUGCUGUUUGUGCCUAUCCUCAUCGUGAAAACUAUUGUAGACAUUUAUUGUUUUGAGAAAGGUGGCGCAAGCUCCGCUCAGGUAGGGGUUCACAGUCAUCUCGCUACCAAACCAUCUCGCCACCAACGAGAAAUAGACUCGCCUCCA